CCAACAUUGUUGCAAACAUCCUCGUAAUUCUUCGCGCAUCUUCUGCGCUUCCUGCAGCUCCUACAAGCUCGUUCUCGUCUUCGUCGACGCCGCACUCGCGUACGUCGAGCGCUUGCGUUCCACUCCUCCACAAGAAUGCCUAAUGAACAUAAUCAAGCAAUUGUUCCUUGAAAAUAGAUAUAAAACACAGCCAGAGAAAACAAACCCAUUGCAGUAUUUCAGUCUGCCGCGCGAGGAGGAGGUCGCGGCGCAAGUCUUUUGCACUGUGUCUGUGUACGCAAAAGACCAUUCACUGCUGACGGCAAGUUCAGGCCUUGUGUGGGUAACAACCUCGUUUCUGUGCUUCCUGAGUGAAGACAGUGCACUUUGUUUUGCGUUUCCGCUGUUUGCUUUGUGCCAGUUGGAACGGGCAAAAACAACCUCAAAUAUAUAUGUGUUUCAUGCAACCACGCUGCAUGAGCAGCAUCUAGAACUGUUUGUACAGGAACAACGGCACCUCUGUGAGCUUUUUUGUGACCGGCUGCUCACUCAGUUGCGUAAGGCCAUGCCAGAUGUCCAGGGUAUACACAAUUUUUUGAGACCGUUGCUGUCGGAGCGGUUGUGUUAUGGAUUGACAGGAAAUGGAGAGUAUGAGGACAGAGAGCAGGAGCAGCGGACAAUGUCUCAUGCGGCCAGGUCGGAUGCGUCGAGCGCUACCAAGUCGUCUAAGGACACAGCAGCCCCUCCUCUUCCCUUGCACACACCUGCUUCUUCAACCGUGUCCUCCUCAACAUCUGCCGCCUCUUCGUUAACUUCGUCUACUUCCGCUUCCUCAUUCUCGUCCUGGAAAAGUCCGGGCUUGGGAGCCCAAUUCGGUUACCCAGACGGCCUUUCUACAGCCAGUUCCUUGGCCUCCCUUAAAAUGAAGCAUUGGCAGAGCUAUUUCCAGGCGCUGGGUACCAAUUUUACCUUGCUUCGGACUGCUCAGCUACGUCAGCUCGUUCGUUCAGGCGUCCCGAAUGAGUUGCGUGGUGAGCUUUGGGAAACACUGUCCUGUAGUCUUUACGUUCGUUGGAAAUGCAGCAAGUUUUAUAAUCAGUGGCUGAAAAAACUGGAAGAUCCAGCUGUCGACAGAGAUGAUGAGAUUGAAAAGGACUUGGAACGCAGUCUUCCAGGCUAUUCAGGCUACCAUCACGCUCAGGGAAUUGAUUCUCUGCGUCGCGUGCUUACGGUUCAUGCCGCUGCCAACGCAGACAUGGGUUAUUGCCAGGCAAACAAUAUCGUCGUCGCGGCCCUUCUCGUCUAUUGUACCGAGGAACAGGCAUACUUCUUGUUCUCGCAGCUUUCCAAGUACUACAUUCCUGGCUAUUACUCGAAAAUUAUUUACGGCGUUCUGCUUGACCUUAACGUUUUUACUUAUUUGCUUGAGCACACGUUGCCCCAUGUUCAUAAACACCUUGCCGACAUUGACAUUGACCUUAAACUCCUUACCCUCAACUGGUUCCUCACCCUCUACAUCAAAGUAUUUCGGCUCGACUUGGCCGCUCAGGUGCUCGACUGUCUAUUUAUGAGCGGCCCUUGUGUGCUUUUUCAGCUCGCACUCGCGCUCUUCAAGAUUACCGCUUCGCGCCUGCUUGAAGCACAAGACGACUCUUACGUGGUUGCCGCAUUUCAAACGUGCUUUGACUCAAUAAACAGUUUUCCCGUCGGCUUCUCUCACACAAUUUCUGUCGAUAAAGAUGAUACGUCAGAUCCAACAAAGUCCAUUUCAGACAGUUCAUCUUCAAGUGCCGAUAACUGUUCAUUCGAACAGCUUCUCAGCACAGCGUUUGAGACGUUUGGCUAUGUGACCAAUGAUCUCAUUCACUCGAAACGUUCUGAACUUAAAGCUUCCGUACUUUCCUCCAUUCAUGGGUUUACAAAACGGACGCAUUUGCGUGGAAUUUACGAACAGAUUCUCCUUUCACGGACAGAACUUGAUUUCAUUUAUGAUUCCUUUGUGCAAGCCCUUGGAGAAGAUCAGAUUUGUCACAGUAACGUAUUGGAGCAGUGUAUCGAUUAUGAGCACUACAUGAAAAUGAUAGAAUUUAAUGCUGACUGGUUUCGUAACAAUUCGCCAUACGAGACUGCAAAUGAUACUCUUGCCAAGCGUCAAUUGUGUCUUCGGCUGUUUUACUGGAUGCGUGAUGGCAAUGGCACAUAUCUUUCAUUCAAAAAUCUCGUUAUCGGGGUUGAGCGUCUUAAGGUCGACUGUGUUCUUCAUUCUGCCAUGCUCGUCUUUUAUCUGUAUGACACAAAAAAACGUGGAUUCCUGGAUAAAGAAGAUAUUAUUGAGUUGUCUGAGACCCUUAUUUUCAUGUGUUGCAAAACAAAUACUUCUCGCGAUGAUAUUUACCUUACUACUAUUAGUAAGUUUCUUCACUUGUGCUUUUCUGGUUUCCGAGAACAAAACGCAGCCUUUGCUCUUUCCUGCGACGCAUUUCAAAAGGUUGUCGAGCAAUCUAAUCUCCGGGAUGUCCUUGUUUUGUUCUUGCAACAAAUCACGCAGGGCUUCUUGAGCGACGAAAACAAAGAGGAUGUUUUCUUUAAUCGAAAUACCAAUUAAUGGUUGUCAUAAACAGGAGAUGGAGAAAUACACUUCUAGUUUAUUUCUUCCUUUCUCUGAGUCAUAAAAAAAAUAAAAAACAGGUACUCUUGCCAAGGAGUACCAAAGGUGGGACACGGCGUCCUUGCCUUCAUGUAUCUUUGGUUUGAUGAAAUGCUACGAUAAUGUUUAUUAGGUGCCUUACACCGAUACAUGUUUAAACACUGGCCGUAUCGAGGGUUCCUUAUAAAUUGGAGAAAUAUGAAUGUAGACAUACGCACUAUCUGAAUAUAUCAAUCGUUUAAAUAUCAGGGAAAUCAACGUGAGGAUGGAGAACUAAAAAAGACAACUUGCAUAUAAUGGUCAGGGAAGAUGACUGUGUCGGGCCUCAAACGAAGACAUUGGUUCGUAAACGGCACGAUCAAAAGGGGACAAUGCAUCCAACGACCAUUUUGAUGUUGGUUCAAUCGUGAGAGGACUCGUAAUGCCGUGCUUGUACAUUUCAAUGGCAGCAUUGGCAAUCAUUGACGCAUUGUCACUACACAAGUCUGCGCUCGGACAAACAAGAGGAAUGCUGUGAGAUGUAUCCGUCUCAAAAUUAGACAGCAUGACUACAAGCAUGUUACGAAGAUAGCGGUUUCGUGCAACGCCGCCACUGCAGACGAAAGCAGAAAUUGGCUUGUCAACCAAGUCGUUCAUACACAGCCUAACCUUUCGGCAAAUGUGAUCAAACGCAAUGCUUUGAACAGCAUAUGCAAUCCGUCGUUUUACAUUUUCUGGGGCGGUCUCGCCUCCCAAACAUGUUAAAACCUUUUCCACCUGUGUUUGCAAACCUGCAAACGAAAAGCAAUGAAGCCGUGUUUUCGCGUUUUUUGACAAUGGAACAUGCAAUGGAAAUUCCGUAACAUCACUGACAACUGAGUAUCGUUCUAAUGCAGCUGCCGGCAUCUCUCCAUUCCAUGGAAUACGCAAAAGCCGUGCGCACUUAUCAAGGUAAUCACCAACAGCUAUGUCCAGUGUUGUAGCAAGUAUUUCAUGAUCAAAUAAGGAUUUUGAGUACACAAGCAUUGUAUGCCCGCCUGAGACGAGUAGACUGAGAAACGGAAAAUCAAUGUUUCUUUCGAGUUUUGGGGCCAACAAAUGUCCCAGCAUGUGGUGGACUCCAAUAAGCGGGACUUUCAGACCAACAGCAAGACCUUUUGCCGUAUUUAGUCCGACAGCCAAAGGGCCUAGCAUUCCCGGGCCUCGAGUAACACUCACAAUAUCAAUAAUAGAAGCAUCCAAUUUUUCAGCCUCCGUUAAUACAGACUGUAUAAGCGGUGCAAGCUGUCGUUGGUGUUCGUGCAUGACAAUGUUUGGAUGAAUACCUCCGUAUUUUUCAUACAGAUGUAUUGUUCUCCGUGUUUUUUGAAGCAAGACCUUCGACGGUUCAUUACGUGAUUGGUCGUACUGGCAAACAGCAACGGAGCAAUCAUCACAGGAUGUUUCAAUACCCAGAACGUUAAUUGUUUUUCUUCUCAGUAAAGAGAAUUGUCUUGUUCUGGUUUUCGUCAUGACCCUUAACGCAUAGCGACCCCGGCAAAUAUUGAAGUGAGUAUUCAUAACGUUAUUCUCUGUACAUGUAUUGCAUAACCCUCAGUUUCAGUUCGCUUUCUAUCGUCCAAACCUUCACAUACGCAAAGUGAAUUCAAAAAUUUCACACUCAUGUAGCAAAUAUAGCCCAAAUUUCCUCUGACUUUUUUUCACUAAUUCAAACAAACUUCCUCUAGCCUAUUCAUCACAAAACGAUUGUGUUUUCUU